UUAACGUGCAGCUCUCACUUCUUCAGACUUAUGUGUCUAUGCAUUUGCUAUUGUUUUUAUUUUUAAAAAGAAAACAAGGACUAUGAUUUUGAUUUUCUGAAUUAAUCAUUAAAUCGUUCCAGUUUGGUUAUAGCACGCUGUUAACAAAAAUAAAUUGAAAAUAAACCUUUCCACAAUGUAUCAACCACAAGCUUUUCUAUAUACCAAAUUAUUUAAAACACAAAGCUAUAUAAGAAACUCAUACAAAAACUACAGAGGAAUGGUCUCUUAUGUUCAGGGUCAGUCUCCUGAACCAAAAAUCAGGGAAUACUUCUACUACGUAGACCACCAAGGAAUGUUGUUUUUAGAUGAUGCUCGCAUGAAGAAUUUUACAUCGUGUUUUAAGGAGAAAAAGUUUCUUCGCUUCUUUUUCAAUCAGUUGAAAAUAAAUGAAACUGCAAGGUAUCCAGAAUUCCCUUACAUUUCACUAUGUGGAAGAGAAAGGAAUUUUGUUAGAUGUGAUGAUUAUCCCAUCGUAUACACUCAUGUUAUUCCUACGCCAAAUGACGAGAUGCUCUUAGCUCACAAUCAUGCUGGAGAUUUACUCAUAAAGAAAUUCAUUCCAGAGAAAAUAUUCAUGUUGCCAGACACUGGAAGGGUUUACCAUCCUGCUCCUGAAAAAGUUGGUGGAAUCGGAUUAGUAAGAUCCAAACUAGCCAUAGAAUUCAGCAAACAUUUUGAAUUCGAUAAUGGUGAAGACAAUCCACCUACAAAAUUCACAUAUGAGAGUGUUACAUAUGAUUUAGAUACUAGAUGGUAUUUGAACCUUGUUAAGAAACAAAAAAUACAUAGCACUUCCUAGAAAGGUACUGAUUCUAAAACCUUUACAAACAAUCCACAACUAUUCAUAAAUUACAAUCAUUUACCUGUUAGGCUUUCCAGGGAAGUUCAUCCUUGGCCAAAAAGAUGGAUAUCAGGGGAACUACUACCAUUUUAGCUUAUACAGUAGCGGACAAAAGUUUGGAAACAUUCUUAGUGAUUUUUAAAAAGGGCGCCAAUUUUUCUACUUUUUGUUAUUAAGAACUAUUUUUUCUCUUAUAUAGUUUGCUUACAGUCUUGAGGAUACAAAUGACGAUUUGUGUUUGCUGUGGUACUACAGACUAGCUUUAAAAUACCUUCAUAUUGUUUUAUGACCAAAAAUAAGAUGACAAAAGUAUUGACAUAUAUUUCUUAUUUCAAAAUUAAAUACAAAAAGAUUUAAAAAAUAUUUAGUAACAUAACCUUUAGCAUUCCACACUGCCUGACAUCUGCUGCUCAUAGAAGACACCAAUUUUUUACAGACGUCUGUUGGGAUAUUUUGGCAAAAAUUUUUUCAUAAUCAAAUAAAUCGUUCAAUUUUUAAAAGUUUUUCUUGUCAGCUGCCUUUUAAAAUGCUCCCAGAGAUGUUCUAUAGGGUUUAGAUCCGGGGAUUGCAAAGGCCAUGUAAGAACAUUAACAUUUAAGAAUUUUUAGGUAUGCUUGGGGUCAUUAUCUUCCUGAAUUGAGACAUUUCUUCUCCAGCAAAAGGGAGCACGUGUUCGCUAAGAAUAUCUUUGUAAAGUCUUUGAUCCAUUUUCCCAAUAAUUUCAACAACUGGACCUGUUCUAGAACUAGAAAAAACAGCCCCAAACCAUGAGUUUGCCUCCACCGUGCUUAACUGUUGGCAACUGAUCCUUUUUGUAGAAUCUUUUUCGUAUUGGACGUCUCAAAUAUGCCGUAACGUCAGAUCCAACUUAAAUUUGCUUUCAUCCCUCCAUAAAACUGUAUUCCAUUGUUGUUCUGUCCAAGUUUUAGGAAAUUCAAUACGAUUUUUUUAUAAAAGAUAGGCUUCUGCACUGGACACCAAAAGGCUCAAAGUCCACCAUGGAACAAAUGUUUAAUGUAGCGAUCCAAAACAUAAUCGGUUUUUUUCAGUCUUCGCACCUGGGUCGCGUUGCUGUUGAUCCGUAUUCAUGAUAUUUACUAAUAAUUUUCGAAAUCGUCCUUUGUUCAUUUUUAAUCUUUGAGAAAUGUCAAAAUUUCUGACACCACGACUAAAUAAUUCAAUUACUUUGUCUCUUAAAUCUUUUACUUUUUUUGCCAUUUUCACUGAUGUUAAUAUUUACCGCACGCAAUAUCAGAGUAUCGCAGAACGAAAACGCGUGUUUUUAUUUUCAGGGAAUUUAAAUAUUGAGACGAUAAACCUUGACAAAGGUAGACUUAAAUAUUUAUAUUAUCUGAACGUUCACAAUUUUAAUUGAGGUAUAUGAAAUAGUUCAUAAUAAUGUUAAUAUUUGUUUCCUAACUUGUCCGCUACUGUACAAAUUGAAUAAAUGUUAGAUUUAUUAAAGG